CCAAGGUCGGUGAUGAGUUUGUUUGGGUAAAAACGCGAUUGUUCGCAAUAUCUACAAAAUGAAACAUUUGGAACGUUUCGUCGAUUUGGGACGCUCUGGAUUAUCGUAACGACUUCAGUUUGUCCACCAGCGAUCGUUCUACGUUGGUAAUUAUCUGGGGAAGUGGUUAGAAAGUUCUCGGACAAGGCCGUUUAAUCUUGUCACGGUACACACGCAAACACGAGACGUCGGUCGAAACGGGCCGAAAAUUGCCGACUAGAGGGAACUGUUCGGCGAGGAAACCCCGACUCGGGAUUACCAUUGGUUCCACCGAGAUAAGAUAACAGGAACCGAACACAACAAGAGCUAUCAUCUUACACCAAAGAGGGAUGCUACGAUAUGCAAAUGGGAACGGGACGCUUCGCUUCAUAAACAACUACGCCAGCUUCGAUAUGGAAUGAUUCUCUUUCGCUCUGUGUGUGUGUGUGUAUAGUUGUGUUUAUAAUUUCGCCUGGAACAUAUGCGUUGUUACACGUUAACCGUGUAUGUGUUUCGGUUAGAGAAGAACCCAGCAAGGCCUUCUAAAUGUGGAUAAAAUAUAAGAGGGAUUUCACGAGUGCUUUGUUCGUCGAACCAUGCCGAUGAAAGUGACGGUAUGUUUCGACCGCGUUCGUGUGAUCGUGCCCUGUGGAGAGGGGGAGCUGCCGGUUCGAGACCUCAUCCAGAAGGCCAUCACCAGAUACAAGAAGGCAACGGGAAAGGCCAACAACUACUGGGUCUCUGUUCACUACGUGAAGACGCUGAGUGGUGGCGGCAUCCUAGACCCCGACGACACCCUCAAUGAUGUGGUAGACGACAGGGAACAGCUGAUAGCUGACUUUGAGGAGCAGGGCCGACCAGGAAUCCACCAUAAUGGCGGUGACGGAGCAUCUGCCUCUUCCACGGGGACUGCAAGCCCUGACAUUUUCCAAGGAGGGGAGGUAACCUCGGAAUCCAUGCAGUCUGUGACGUCAUCUCUUCAAAACGGGAAAAAUGACAUUGUGGUUACAGCUAGGGAGUUGUUAGUUGGUUCCAAUCUGAAAGUUCGGCGUGGAAGUGAACCUGCUCUGAACACUCUUGGAGAAGACAUCAAAGAAAAUGGAGACAUCAGUAAACCGAAGCCUCCAUAUCGAGUCAGAAGAACCAAGGAAGAUGCCAGGGAGAGUGACACACCCAGGUCUGAUACAGACUCGGAAGAGGAAGAAUAUCGAGCUCUCAGAAUGCUUACGAAGAAACCAAGUCCUGUCAGCAAUUUCAGUCGAGAUAGUGUUCGCCAGUCUCUUAGCAACCGUCCAGAGAUGUUUCGGUGGCUGGAAGCUCAGGAAAAGCAGCAGGCUCAGUUCGAUAAGAAGUUUGAUGAGCGAACAGCUCCGGUUGGUGGAAAUGGCCUGGACACAGAAGCUGCGUCACCUUCAAAACCACGGGAUACAUCAGUGGCCCUGAUUUUGAAGAAUGAUGGUGGACCACUUGGCAUACAUGUUAUUCCAGAUCUAGAUGACAAUGGAAGGGAACUUGGUCUAAUGAUUCAAAGUAUUGAACAAGGUGGCAAGAUACAGCGAGAUGGUAGACUGCAAGUGCGAGACAGAAUCACCGAAAUCAACGGUGUUUCUCUCUUCAAUGUCAAUUUCGACAAUGCCCAAAUAAUCUUUCGAGAUGCCAUGAAGACGACUGAAAUCCAACUCCGAGUUGUCAAGUACCAACCCCAGCCAAUGGCCCGCUCGGCUCCGCAGACCAUGCCAAAACCAAAAGGUCACACACCCGUUAAGCCUUCACCUUUGACCUUGCCGGCACCUGGCUCUGAUGUUUCUCCUGUCCAGAGUCCUAAUGAAAUAAGUCCCUUGUCAGAAAAAGACUCCAAUGUUGUGAACAAUAAUAAGAAAAACAUUAAUGUGACAAACAUUUCAAGUUUCUCAAAUAUUGGACGUUUGCCAAAAUCGCCACUGUCUCCCCGUGCCAAUAUGCCAAUUCCGGCAGGACCACCUCUCAAGGUUACCUCCCCCACCAAGAAGACUCCCCCAGCUGUGCCUGCCCGCCAUCCAUCCACGACUCUGUCAGCCAUUAAGCCAAAAGAUGCCUUAAUUAACCUAGCAAACACGCGGAAGAUUGGGAAAAAGAUUUCAAUUGAUCUUAUUAAAGGGCCGCUGGGUCUUGGUUUCAGCGUGACGUCUCGAGACAACCCGACAAGCCCGCAGUGUCCCAUAUACAUUAAAAACAUCCUGCCAGAAGGGGCCGCAGUCAGUGAUGGACGACUCAAGUCAGGUGACCGCUUGUUGGAGGUGAAUGGGGUUGAAAUGACUGGUAAAAGUCAAGCGGAGGCUGUUGCCUUUUUACGUAAAAUUGCGACUGGAAAUAAAGUGAAUCUUGUAGUAUCUCGACAGGAAGCUGUGGAUGAGAUGUUUCAAGUGCCCAGAGAACUGACUGCUGGUGAUGUUGGUGAUGUCACUGAUGGCACUGAUGUAACGUUGCAGCCACCCGAUAAGGUUGGUGAGGAUGUCACGCUGACAUCUGCACGCAACAAGGAAGUGAUAACUCUGGAGAUCCCACUCAAUGACUCUGGGUCAGCCGGGCUGGGCGUCAGUGUCAAGGGUAAGACAACCACGGCCAAGGAAGGAUCCAGAGAUCUCGGGAUAUUCAUCAAGUCUGUCAUGACUGGAGGGGCUGCAUCAAAGGAUGGUAGACUCUUGGUCAAUGACCAGCUGCUUGAGGUGAACGGCACGGUGUUGUCGAACCUCUCCAACAUGGACGCGAUGAAUGCACUGCGCCAGGCCAUGCAGACGGACGGGCCGGUCCCGGGGUACAUCAUCAUCACUGUGGCCAGGAAGAUUGGAGCGCCAUCACCAUUCCACUUCAGUGAGAGUUCCUCGGACAACAUGGACACCAGCCAGCCGGAAACCAUCGGCCACGGUUUGCACAUCUACAGUGAAAAGACACACACCAACAACAAUACGGCCAGUGAUACUGUUAAGGUUCCCAAGCCCAAGGAGAGAAAGAUGGUUGAUGUUACCCACAAUCCACCAGUGGUAAAACCUCACAAUAAAAUGUUGGAUCGGCUGCUGGCCGCCGAUGUGAAAGGAUUACGUAACGAGUCAUACACUCGUGCUCUCCGAGACAAUUUUCAGACCAAUCCCGACAACUCUGUGGCUAAUUUCGGUGUGCAGGGGUCGACAGUGGCGCCUUCAGAAAAACGGGAUGUUGUUAUUGUAGAAGAUGAUAUGUAUGCCAUUCCUAGGAAAAGAGUCCAGCCGACCCGACCUCACUCUACACUGGGAAUUCCCAUCCGGCGGUCGCCCCCCGAUUCACACAGUUCAAGUUUCGAUGAGUUCCCCACUCACGGUUCACACAGUGACCACAGCAGUGACCACCAAGAAACAGAAUUAAGCCCAACUGGUGACUUUACCUUUGAUCGUGAAGGAUUUGGGCGCCAGAGUAUGUCUGAAAAAAGGAAAGGUCACCUUGAUCCUAGGCAGUGUGAAUUUUAUCAGCGAGCCAAGGAAAAGAAUAAAGAAAUUAAAGCAGGCCUGGCCGUCUCCAGGGAGUUGCAUGAUGAACCGAACCGUCUGGUACAGAGUAGCUUUGUCGAGUCAUUGUCAGGAACCGGACAGUCUAACCUGCAUGACCUUCAAACCCAGUAUCCGAGAAACCUACCUCAAACAGUCUCCCAGCCCACCCUGAAACGGGCGUCAUCCCUCGAAGACCUGUCGGUCCCAGACAAGAGUGAGGAAGAGAAAGUUCCCAUGUGGCACAUGCCGCGGAUGGGUCGUCAGCGGGCCUGCAAUGACAGCUUCCGCGCGGCAGUCGACCGGUCGUACGACCCCCAGGGGGAUCACAAUGUCAUGGAUACUCCCAUUACUGUUGAAGAAGAGAGUCUGGACAGUGGGUCGGUCAGCUACGGUCAGUCCAACUCGGCGCGGUCGUCAUUCAGUAGUGAGAACACGGGUGAGGCUGGGUCGGGAGACUUCCACAGUCUGCGCAAAAAGAAACACAAGGAAAAAAAAGGCGGCAUUCUUAAAGGAUUCCUUAGGUUUGGACGGGGAAGAAAGUCGAAUGAAGAAAACAACCGCCGUUCACGGUCAGCAGAAAGGCCGCAAGACGCAGAAGUUCGACAGAGACAGAUAGAGGAGGAGGAGCGAGCGUCGAAACAAUCAAAAGAUGACCAGUUUCGACCACGAGAAGAUCAGAGAGUGAAGGACCAGGAAGUGUUUGAUAUCAAGAAACUGCGAGAGGAGCACCAGAGAGGGUGGGACCGCCCUCUGUUUGACCGGCAGACGGAAAAAGAGGAGAACUCGCGGCCCAAACCACGAACACACAUGUUCGACAACCAGAAGAUGCACCUCGCCCAACAGAUGUUCUACGACCCUCAGGCCGAGACCGAACCAAGCGUCUCCGAGCAGUGGAGGACCGCCACCCGGCAACAGCAGCUCGACGGCGACCAGUGGCAGUAUCAGGGUAACCAUGGCGAGCAGCGUGGGCAGACGUCAGAGAUGAUGAGCUACACUCUGAGGGAGGGGAACCUGAAGCGUGCCGACAAGAUCCAGCUGCUGCGUGCGGAACACCAGCGCCGACACCAGGAGAGACAGGGUCGAUACCCACUGGAUGAACGCGAGGAGAUCAUCGAGACAGCGCUCAGACAGGCCGAGGAGGAAAAGCUUAAAAGACUAGGCCAGAAUAACCAGGAGUACCACCCAUCUAGCAGAGGUUACCAACCAAGAUGA